AUGGCCCCCCCGCUGUACACCACGCAGUCUGGCCGCCUCUGGCAUGCAGGGCAGAUCUUGAUCAUGACGGUCGGGUUGCCAGGCCGUGGCAAGACGCACUUGGCGCAUGCGAUUCAGCGCUAUCUGCGCUGGCUCGGUGUCCGAUGCCAAGUGUUCAACCUGGCGAACAUGCGACGUGACCUACUCGGCUCCGUGAAGGAUCUUCCGGCCGACUACUUCGGUGAUGGAUGCAGAGCAGAAGAAGAGACGUUAGCGCUACGUGAGCAGGUGACUACGAAGAUUACAGAGAAAAUCGCCGCAUUCUUUGAGGAUGGUGGUCAAGUGGCCGUGUAUGAUGCCAACAACAGUACGAAGGAGCGCCGAUCUCUGAUCCGCGAGCGAUUUGAAAAAGAGCUUAACGUGCAGAUCAUGUUUGUUGAGUGCCUGUGUGAUGACCCCAAAAUUGUGGAGCGCAACAUUCGCUCUAUGCACCGAUUCAACCCAGACUACCGCGGAUGGAAGCUGGAGGAUGUGAAGAAACACUUUUCCGACCGCAUUUCCCGCCAUGAGAUGGAUUACCAGCCUAUUGAUACGACAACGGCAGCGCAUAUCCAGCUGCACAACUUUGGCCAGCGUGUUGUCGUGAACAAUGUGAAGGGCUACCUGCAAAACCGCAUUGUAUUUUUCCUCAUGAACAUGCACAACGAAGACCGUACGAUAUACUUUGCGCGAGCUGGUGAAGCGCUGAUUGAACAUCUGUACAAGGCCGAUGCAGAGCUUUCCUCACUCGGUCACGAAUACGCCCAGCGUCUUUGUGAGUUUAUGAUGAUGAGGCGCUCGCAUGAUAAUGCUGUGGACGAAGACAAACCAACGUUGUCACAGGAACACACGGUCUCGUAUAUCUCGUCGCACGACGAAAACGAUGUGCCUUUUGAGUUUGAAGAGACAGAGCGAGAGUUCCAGGUAUGGUGCUCGACCAGGAAACGCUCAGAAAACACCGCGGCGCCCUUCCGCGACUACGAUGUGAGGAUCAUCGAGUGGUCCCGCCUGGCCGAGAUGAACCCUGGUGUGGUGGAUGGCAUGAGCGAAGAAGAGAUUCUUUCGCGCUUCCCCAAGUACCACGAAGAGCAAAAGAAGGAUCCGUACACGUUCCGUUUCCCACGGGCCGAGAGCUAUCAUGAUUUGGCUAUCCGUCUAGAACCUGUGAUUCUAGAAUUGGAGCGUGUGCGCAAAGAUGUCCUGAUCAUUGCGCAGUCGUCGGUCCUGCGUUGCUUGAUUGCCUAUUUGCAGGGCAACAAGCCCACUGAGAUCCCAUUUAUCCAAGUCCGUGAAGGUGACUUGGUAGAAGUGCAUCCCCAAGCUUUCGGCGUAGCGACGCGUGUUUAUUCAUUCUGGAACCCUGAGAAAGAGCGCGAAAAGCGCGAUAUUGAAUUUGCUACACGUGCCGCUAUGGCCAUUGCCCAACAACGGGCUGAAAAAGAGCGCCAGAGCAAAGUCGGCCAGGAGGAGGAAGACCUGGAAAGCAGCACCGUUACGGAGAUGGCGGCACAGAUGGAAAAGACGAUAUCACUGUAG